AUGGAUUUUAAUAAAGAAGAAAUUAAAAUUAAUCCCUCGACAAUAGGAGUUUAUACUUUUACGACAAAUGUCGCCGAAAGACAAAUUAAAUUCGAAGUACUCAAGUUUAAAGAUAGCAUUUUUGUAUGGAUCGGUGAAAAACACAUGAGAGUUUUUAAUGAUCUGUCAUUAUCAACGUUAUUUCCAAAAACAAUGGAACCCAUCGGUACGAAAAUAAUGGGAGAUCAAACGAAUUUGACGUCGAGUAACAUAGCAAAUAAAUUGAGUAAAAAACUAAGCAAACCCGUAUACGUGAGUUUUAAUUUAGUCGAUGAUAGACUGACAGUAGCCGUUGUCAAUAGUAAAUUAGCUGAAGAAAUAAAAAAUAAUCCUCAAUUUUUUUGA